GGCGCAAUGCAGCUCACGAAUUUAAUAAUGGCGGCUGCUACAGCUACGGUAGUUAAACAUUUCAUACACUUUUUGGCAAUUUGUUUUCUACUUCGUGAAGUAGGAGGAAAUUUGCCGACAUUGUCUGUUUAUGAUAUCAGGACUAAAGUGGCAGAGAAAUGUGUCAUUGCUGUUUUCCCCUCAGAUGAUGGAAAUUUACUGCAGACUGCAGAAGAGAUCGGGCAGCUAUUUCAACCGGCGCAGGUCCGCUCCAGGAUGCCCGGAGUUUCGGGGACUGGGGAAGGCAUGAAACCGCUCGCAACGACCGAAACUCCAGUGACCGUGGGUAUUGUGGAAAAACUGAUUGAUAUAAACGAUGAUCGUUUGAAAAUAAAGAAUUCUGCCUCUGAAUCCAAAGAUAAUUUAGUUAUUGUAUUUCCACCAAUUAAGAAGGAUCGUACGUGCCUCCUACCACCUCCGAAAUCAUUCUUGACGGGGGAAGCAUAUCGGGGGCCGAUCAGUAAAGACAGUAAAGCACUCUUGUUGGACUUUAUCAAUCUCCAAUGUCUUACCUAUGUUGAUGUUGAUGGAGGGCUGAACAUAGAGGGCCUACACAGACAGGGUAUUCUAGACACAAUGUUCUACAUGCACUAUCUUCCAGAAAGUGUGAAAAUGGCCGAACUUUCAAGCUCAUGUGGUAAAUGUGAUAAACCUGGUGGUGGUUGCUCAGAAAGUUCGAAAGGAAGCACAACGGAGGAACAAAGCUGUCACCAAGAGAAUGUUCCCUCUGAAUCAACUGUUGAUGACUUUGAAGAAAAUCUACAAAAUGAUGGAUCAGAAACUUUUGCUCAUAAAGCUACAAAGUAUAGUCAAGUUAUUAAUACACCGAUGGCUGAGUGUGAGCGGAUAUCAGAUCCAGCAAAAGGAGACUUCAUAAACUAUUACCUGAAGCGAUCUCGCCCAGUGGUGAUUCCCAAUGGGGCGAGUCAUUGGCCGGCGUUCAAAAAAUGGACAAUGGAAUACCUUCGAGAGAUGUACGGCAACAAGUCGGUCCACAUCAAAUUGGCUCCUGAUGGCGUCUUUGAAGGAGUUGAACCAGCGGCAUUGUGGGAGGAAUACGGUCAAUUCUCUGUUCCCGAGCAAGUGAGCAGCCAGCUGCUGUAUCCCGAUCUUGUCGUCGUCAGGCCUGCUACACAGAACGUGAAGUUCUCAGAGUUCUUGGACCUGAUCCAAAAUUCCAGCAAUGCGAAGAAAAGUGAAAGAGACAAAGAUCAGCCAAGAGUCUCCACCUACCUUGAGUAUUCCUCGAUCCCUUCCCACUUUCCAAAGUUGGAGGAAGACGUUGAAGAUCCGCCGUACGUCCAGGAUGUCCUUGAUAGAAGGCACCUCAACAUCUGGCUCAGCGACGGUGACACUCUAGGCAAACUACACUUUGACCCCUUUGAUAACUUCCUGUGUCAGUUACGAGGCAGGAAGGAGCUCACGCUCUUUGAGCCCCAUAACAACACCCAGCUCUACGAGGCCCACAUUCCAGAGGCCCUGCUAGGCUUUGAUCCAGGCACUCAGAGAUUUCGGCGUAAGAAACUGAUGGAUAGCACGUCCAUGGUCAUGUCUCCAGUAGACAUAAAAGAUCCUGAUUAUAAGAGGUUUCCUGAGUUUGCUGAAGCUCGGCCAUUAAACUGUACAUUGACAGAGGGUGACAUUCUGUUUAUGCCAGCGUUCUGGUGGCAUGAGGUUCAGUCCUAUCCAAAUGAAAUCGAAGGGAGGAAUCUAGCAGUUAAUUUUUGGUAUGAACCGUUCUUUUCCAAAGAAUUUCCCUGUCCAGAGUGCAAGCUAGAUGUCAACCCUUACUACAGGCAUCUUCUUCAUGUUGUGAACGAACCUUAUAGAGAAGACGAUUACUUUGAAGACUGACAAAGUCCAGGAUUCGUUCUUCAACAAGUUGGCAGUGGCAAUAUUGAUUCAUGCAGGUAACUUUGUGUAAUCCAAAUCUUUUGGUAGCACAGAUAUAUGUUUGAGUUAAGAGAAAUUCAAUUUACAAAAAGUAUACAUGUAUAACACAUGUUUUGUAAAAUCUGGUCUACAUAAGUCAUAAGCCCUGGGGCCCGUCUUACAAAGAGUUGCGAUUGAUCUGAUCAAUCGCAACUAUGGAAAGCCAGCAAAGUCAACAUAUAAAAUGCAUGUUUGUUCAAAAAUUGUUCUAGAUAUGAUUGUAUACCCAUAAAGUCAUUGAUUUCUUAACAACUUUGCGUGAUUUCCUUUGUUUACAAAGGACAUUUUGCAAAUUUCCUGUAGAAAAAAUUAUGACACUGAUGGAUUUCCAUAGAGUUACGAUUGAUGGGAUCAAUCGUAACUCUUUGUAAGAUGGGGCCCAGAUUCUACUUGGGUCACUUGAUUUGACUUGGGUAUAUAUAUGACACAUUGAAGGUCAAAUUAUAGUGCAAGUUUACCCUUGUAUGUGGUAUUUUAUGAUGAAUUAUGUGGAUUGUUUUUUUUUAUGUUGAAACAUAGUGAUUUCCUACAAAAGUACAAUAAGAGUUUUAAUCCGUAAGUUUUAAUCAUAUAAUAUUGUACUGUGCACAAUGUUAUGAAUUAAGAACUUAAAUAAAGUUUGUGAAUUAUGUGUGCCUCUGAUGCUUUAUCAAUAUUUUGCCAAUCUUCCUCCCAUUACAGACUGAUCAAAGAAAAAAAAAGUAUAUGUAAACACAAGAUUCCAUCAUAAACUGAUUUCGUUCUUUUUAGAAUCAAUGACAUUUGUGGUAAAAAAUGUUAUUCAAGUUGCUUCUGCUUGUAGAUAUCUUAUACCAUCUGUCCAUUUGGUAAAUUUCUCUUUUCAAUGUAGCAUUUCAUUGGCCUUUUUCAGUCAUUUGGGAAGGUUUCAUGAUGUGGUUUGUCAGUGAUAGUGCUAACUGUUAUAAGCUACUGAAAUCCUGACAUCUGAUUGGCUGAGAACAGCUGAUAAGAUGCUUCAUAAAAUGCUCCUGUAGUGUAGCAUGUUUCAUAAAAGUGCUCAUAAGUUACAAACAACUUUAUGCAUUCGUGACUAGAACAUAUUCUAGGGUGCUUAAUCAGAUUUUCUAUCAUUCAUAUUCCCCUCUGCUUUACAUUUAAUCCAAUCUUGGUACAUUGUACAACAAAAAGUUAUUUAAACAAAUCUCUGACUGCAAAUUUUUGUGACGGACAGGUGGGUUUUUGAGUGAUUUUUAAUAGCCAAAGUUACAAUAUUCUGAUGUUAAUUAACAUUGAUUUUCAUUGUUUUUUUUUUUACAAUCAAAAUAUGUACUCGGAAUUAGGUUAAUAUAGGCAUCGUCUGUGAGAAAUGUCAGAAAAAGCCUCGAGCAUACAUUUUGUGACUUGAUAUUUGUAUCCUUCUUUCACAUAGCCACACCUUAAACGACAAGUCCACCCCAACAAAAGAAUGAUUUGAAUCAAAAGAGAAAAAUCCAGCAAGCAUAACACUGAAAAUUUCAUCAAAAUCGGAUGUAAAAUAAGAAAGUUAUGACAUUUUAAAGUUUCGCUUAAUUUCACAAAACAGUUAUAUGCACAUCCUGGUCGGUAUGCAAAUGCGGAGACUGAUGACGUCAUCCACUCACUAUUUCUUUUGUAUUUUAUUAUAUGAAAUAUUCUAAUUUUCUCCUCAUUGUCAAGUGAAACAGUGAUUAAUUCCUCCCUGAACAUAUGGAAUUAGCAUUGUCUAAUACUAAUGGUUCAGUCAAGUCGGUCCCUAUGGUCAAAUCUGUAAGAAAAUGAAAUAUUGUACAAUUCAAACAAUAAAAAACAAAAGAAAUAGUGAGUGAUGGACAUCAUCGACUGACUCAUUUGCAUUUCACUGAGUUGUGCAUAUCACUGUUUUGUGAAAAAUAAGCGAAACUUUAAAUGCCAUAACUUUCUUUAUAUUUUAUGUCCGAUUUUGAUGAAAUUUUCAGCGUUAUGCUAGUUUGAUUUUUCUCUAUUUAUUCAAAUCAACAUUUUGCUGGGGUGGACUUGACCUUUAAGAACCUUUACAAUGAGAGGACUAUGAAACAAGUAAUAAGGUUGAAUCUUCAUGAUUGGACAUUGCUCUUGUCAAAUUGUCUCCAUGUCAAAACAGUUUAGGAUAAAAGUAUGCACUUUGUGUAUUUCCUAAAGGCUAAAAUAUGUAUUUUCAUCUUAAUAGUCAAACUAUUUUAAAGUUGUAGCACAUUUUAUGGUUGCGGUCAUCACCUUAAAAUUCUUUUAUUGCGUAUACACUUUUUCAUUUUAGGAUUUUAGGCCUAAUUGACAGGCAUUUUUAUUUGCUGUUAUUUUUUUUUACCAAUAAUUCUUAGCUCAAGUAGCAUACUUGCCAAUCAUUUUCUGGUUCUUUCAGAAUGCUUUUUUUCCUGAAAGAGGAGUCAUUUUGUGAUUUUUUCUUAUUUUGUGAUGUCACUCAAUGCUAAGGUAUUUGAAGUUCAGAAUGUAAUAAAGAAAAAAAGUAUAUUGCAAUUAUUUAUCUGAUUUGGGAUUUUGGUGGUUGGCAAAGUAUUGAAUAGGAAUGAAGUUUCAAUUCAAGAUUUCAGUUUUAAACAAAAGAAUGACUAUGUUCUUUAUUGGCAUUGUGGCUACAUUAUUUUUUUCCAUACACCAUUCAUUAAACUCUCCAGGGUGCAUUGUUCCCCCAUCUCUAUAGGUAGAUCGUCUUUUUGAAGAGAGCUUUGAAAAUGUGUAUUUUUUUUUGAAAAUAUGUUGUUUGUAGGGCAAUAUUACAAGUCUGUUAUUCUUAUACUUUAGUGCAUCUGAACAAUGAAAGGCAAUUUAGUGAAAGAAUUUCUUUCAAUUCUGUCUUUCAUAUUACUAUAUAUUUAUGCUCAUAAAGAUCUCAGAUGAUAGAGAUGCUACUUUCACUACAAAUUGAUCAAAAAGAGUAUUGGUUUGAUUACAAAUAAAAGAUAUAGUACUAAAAUGCUUUUGUUUUACUUUCUAUUAAAUAUAUUUGUUAUGUAGGCAUUCCAGAAUUGGAAAAAAAGAAAAAGAACUUUCAAAUUUUCAGGUUGAAUUUAUUUAAGGACCAAUAACAGAUUUUCACAAAUGUAGAAACUUUAUUUCAUGACUCACUUGAACCUGUAUUAUGUUAUAAUUUGCUGUCUGCAAUAAUAGUCUAUUAAUUGAAAUUUGUGUGAUGUGCUGUGUUUGAUUUAAAUAUUUCACAAAUAUUUGACUUACAACCUUCAGUUGUAUAUUUCCUAGCACUAUUAAACAGAUCAUAAGAAAACCAA